AUGGCCACCUCCCUGAAUGUAUACCAUACUGUACAUUGUAUGUGUCCCCUGUGUGUCCCAGGAUGCAAAGGGCUUUCCUAGGGGGGCUGUGAAGAUGAGCGUGACAUCAUGGUUCCUAGUCAGCAGCUCUGGCACCCGCCACCGCCUCCCAAGGGAGAUGAUCUUCGUGGGCCGGGAGGACUGUGAACUCAUGCUGCAGGUAGGUGAUGUGACCCUGGCCCCAACCUGAAGACCUCCUUAAACGCUUGAUGUUUAUGUUACUCUCUAAUCAAAUGCAUAACUUUAUCCUCCGGCACAGAUAACUAGAGAGAGCAUUGUCUGCUGGUGUUGUAUACUCUGUAGUCCUUUCCUUCAUGAGGAAGAGGAGAGCUCUGUUUGUAAAACAUGGUGACUACUAAGACCAUUCAGAGAUGAUGUCUGUGGCUGAAGUAGAGCACGGCAGUAGAUAAAGCUUCUAGUAGUUGUGCCCAUCGGACAGUGAGUAGUCCACCCAGUCAGACAACCCUCUUCAGCCCUCCUCAGCCACUGUCUCUUUCCUCUGUGUAGCAUGAAAGACAACAAAUUGCUCAAAAGUCAGAAGAUGUCUUUAGCUAUCCUCCCUCAGAAUGCAUGCUCAGUUAUUAUCCCAUCAUGUCAAAGUUUGCUGUCUGGAGGAAAAACAAUAUUUGACUUGUGCGUGUGUUUGUACAGUGCAGUAGCAUAGACCAGUGUUUCUUUAUCCAUUUCAUUUUCAGCCUAUGUUUUAUCAUAAUUAUUUAUGAAAAGAUCUGUCAGCAGUAUUUUGUGGAGGGGGCACACUGAUGUUAAAUUCUCCAAAUUCACCAACCAUCCUCACAUACAGUGCCUUCAGAAAGUAUUCAUACCCCUUGAUUUAUUCAACAUUUUGUUUUGUUACAGCCUGAAUUCAAAAUGGUUUACAUUUAUUUUUUCUCACCCAUCUACACACAAUAUCCCAUAAUGACAAAGUGAAAACAUGUUUUUAGAAAUUUUAGCAAAUGUAUUGAAAAUGAAAUACAGAAAUAUCUCAUUUACAUACACUACCGGUCAAAAGUUUUAGAACACCUACUCAUUCAAGGUUUUUCUUUAUUUUUACUAUUUUGUACAUUGUAGAAUAAUAGUGAAUAUAUAUCAAAACUAUGAGAUAACAAAUAUGGAAUCAUGUAUUAACCAAAAAAGUGUUACACAAAUCAAAAUAUAUUUUAUAUAUUUGAGAUUCUUCAAAUAGCCACCCUUUACCUUGAUGACACUUUACCUUUGCACACUCUUGGCAUUCUCUCAACCAGCUUCAUGAGGUAGUCACCAGGAAUGCAUUUCAAUUAACAGGUGUGCCUUCUUAAAAGUUAAUUUGUGGAAUUUCUUUCCUUAAUGCGUUUGAGCCAAUCAGUUGUGUUGUGACAAGGUAGGGGGGUAUACAGAAGAUAGCCCUAUUUGGAAAAAGACCAAGUCCAUAUUAUGGCAAGAACAGCUCAAAUAAGCAGAGAGAAACGACAGUCCAACAUUACUUUAAGACGUGAAGGUCAGUCAAUACGGAACAUUUCAAGAACUUUGAAAGUUUCUUCAAGCGCAGUCGCAAAAACCAUCAAGCGCUAUGAUGAAACUGGCUCUCAUGAGGACCGCCACAGGAAUGGAAGACCUAGAGUUACCUCUGCUGCAGAGGAUAAGUUCAUUAGAGUUACCAGCCUCAGAAAUUGCAGCCCAAAUAAAUGCUUCACAGAGUUCAAUUAACAGACACAUCUCAACAUCAACUGUUCAGAGGAGACUGUGUGAAUCAGGCCUUCAUGGUCAAAUUGCUGCAAAGAAACCACUACUAAAGGACACCAAUAAGAAGAAGAGACUUGCUUGGGCCAAGAAACACGAGCAAUGGACAUUAGACAGGUGGAAAUUUGUCCUUUGGUCUGGAGUCCAAAUUUGAGAUUUUUGGUUCCAACAGCCGUGUCUUUGUGAGACGCGGUUUAGGUGAACGGAUGAUCUCCGCAUGUGUAUUUCCCACCGUAAAGCAUGGAGGAGGAGGUGUGAUGAUGUGGGGGUGCUUUGCUGGUGACACUGUCUGUGAUUUAUUUAGAAUUCAAGGCACACUUAACCAGCAUGGCUACCACAGCAUUCUGCAGCGAUACGCCAUCCCAUCUGGUUUGGGCUUAGUGGGACUAUCAUUUGUUUUUCAAUAGGACAAUGACCCAACACACCUCCAGGCUGUGUAACGGUUAUUUUACCAAGAAGGAGAGUGAUGGAGUGCUGCAUCAGAUGACCUGGCCUCCACAAUCCCCCAACCUCAACCAAAUUGAGAUGGUUUGGGAUGAGUCGAACCACAGAGUGAAGGAAAAGCAGUCAACAAGUGCUCAGCAUAUGUGGGAACUCCUUCAAGACUGUUGGAAAAGCAUGCCAGGUGAAGCUGGUUGAGAGAAUGCCAAGAGUGUGCAAAGCUGUCAUCAAGGCAAAGGGUGGCUAUUUGAAGAAUCUCAAAUAUAAAAUAUAGUUUGAUUUGUUUAACACUUUUUUGGUUACUACAUGAUUACAUCUGUGUUAUUUCAUAGUUUUGAUGUCUUCACUAUUAUUCUACAAUGUGGAAAAUAGUAAAAAUAAAGAAAAACCCUUGAAUGAGUAGGUGUUCUAAAACUUUUGACCGGUAGUGUACAUAUUUUCACCCCUGAGUCAAUACUUUGUAGAAACAACUUUGGCAGCGAUUACAGCUGUGAGUCUUUCUGGGUAAGUUUCUAAGAGCUUUCCACACCUGGAUUGUGCAACAUUUGCCCAUUAUUAUUUUCAAAAUUCUUCAAGUUCUGUCAAAUUGGUUGUUGAUCAUUGCUAGACAACAAUUUUUAGGUCUUGCCAUAGUUUGUCAAGUAGAUUUAAGUCAAAACUGUAACUCGGCCACUCAGGAACAUUCACUGUAUUCUUCUUAAGAAUUUCCAGUGUAGAUUUGGCCUUGUGUUUUAGGUUAUUGUCCUGCUGAAAGGUAAAUUAACCUCCCAGUGAUGAUUCCUCUAGGAUUUUGCCUGUGCUUAGCUCCAUUCCAUUUCUUUUUUAUCCUGAAAAUCUCCCCAGUCCUUAACGAUUACAAGCAUACCCGUAACAUGAUGCAGCCACCACUAUGCUUGAAAAUAGGAAGAGUGGUACUCAGUAAUGUGUUGUAUUGGAUUUCCCCCAAACAUAACACUUUGUAUUCAGGACAAAAAGCUAAUUUAUUUGCCACAUUUGUUUCUGUAUUACUUUAGAUGCAUGUUUUGGAAUAUUUGUAUUCUGUACAGGCUUCCUUCUUUUCACUCUGUCAAUUAGGUUGGUAUUGUGGAGUAACUACAAUGAUAGUUUUCUCCUAUCACAGCCAUUAAACUCUGUAACUGUUUUAAAGUCACCAUUGGCCUCAUGGUGAAAUCCCUUGAGUGGUUUCCUUCCUCUCCGGCAACUGAGUUAGGAUGGACGCCUGUAUCUUUGUAGUGACUGGGUUUAUUGAUACAGCAUCCAAAGUGUAGUUAAUAACUUCACCAUGCUCAAAUGUCUGCUUUUUUAUUUUUUUAAUCUACCAAUAGGUGCCCUUCUUUGCGAGGCAUUGGAAAACCUCCCUGGUCUUUCUGGUUGAAUCUGUGUUUGAAAUGUACUGCUCGACUGAGGGACCUUACAGAUAAUUGUAUGUGUGGGUCCAUGCAACUUAUUAUGUGACUUGUUAAAGCUGCAAAAUGCAGAAAUCGCUCUGCCAUUUCCUGGUUGCUAAAAUUCGAAUAGUUUGCCUAAUUUCAGUUUAAGUGACAAAAUAACCAAUAGAGAAUAGAGUGUAGAGAAUCAUUGUACCAUCUAAACCGCUGUGAAAUAUCCUUUCAAUAAUCUAAAAUAUUUUAUUUUCAGCUGUUUGAAGCUGGUGUACAAAACCGAAAGCAAAAGAGCAAAAACAAAACGUAAGAAUGGGAAGCAUAGAAAUAGCACAUAUAGAACAGAUCUACCGCUUCUUAGACUUGCUUUCGAUGAGAACGACAGAUUUCUAUGUGAAUUUGGUCGGUUCGCCCAAAAAGUUACAUAUUGCAGCUUUACGCAAAUUGUUACUAAUUGUAAAAAAAAUUGCCAUAACAAAGGGGUUGCAUACCUAUUGACUCAAGACAUUUCAGCUUUUCAUUUUAAUAAAUUAAAAAACAUAAUUCCACUUUGACUUUAUGGGGUAUUGUGUGUAGGCCAGUGAUAAAACAAAAUCUCUAUUUAAUCCAUUUUAAAUUCAGGCUGUAACACAACAAAAUGUUGAAAAAGUCAAGGGGUGUGAAUACUUUCUGAAGGCACUGUACUUCGUGCCUCCUCUAAAAUAAUUGGUGCAUGACGCCCCCUGGGCUGACUGUUUGUGGUAUGGUAAAAUAUGUUUUUAGAACAAUCUGAUUGGCUACCAUACAGUAGGAAGGGGCAGCAUGAAGGGGAAAUGGACAUCAAGCAUCACAGAAAUCAGGAAGCAGACGCCUCUCAACAAAGGACUCUUAUGUUGGGAUGUUUAAUGAGAUGGUGUACUGUAUGUCGAAAUUGGUUGUUGUCCGGUUAGGGCUAGCGCUCUGUCUGUCGGCUGGAGAUCACUACCUUAUUGAUAUGUGGGUGGAACAGCAACAAUGUGAUUUACAUACAGCUAUUUAUAGCCACAUUGAUGUCCCAUUUCACUGCAUAGCUCAGACAACUGUACUGUUAAAGAGACAACUGGACUUUGAAAUAGAUGCUUUUCUCGUUGGCUUUUCUAUUAUUUGUGUCAGGCUUUUGUCAGUCAAAGCCUCAGCCCUGGAUAUUCCAAAAUUCAACCCCUAGAUUUCGAUACAAAAGAUACACUUUGAUUUGCUACUAGAGGAAGACACCUUCAGAAAGAUUAACCAGUCGUCCAGUUGUCAACAAAAGUAUUGAACCAGAACUGUAGUGAAAAAGAGGCCAUUAAAGCACAGUAUAUAUAGUCCCUGGCAGUUGCUGUGGCACCAGUUUGGAGAUCCUGACGAUGCAGAGCUGUCAGCCCUGCAGCUUCCUCUGAUCUGGCCAGCCGUUACCUAUAGCAACAGCUGAGGUGGACUUUUUCCUCACCCGGCGAAUGGCGGGCCUGUUGCUAUCCCAGAACAACAUUGUGUUAUAGGACUAAUGCUUCCUCACCUGCUCUUUGUAUCUAAACCCAGUUUGUAUUGUGAAAAAGUGUUGCCAUCCAUGUCUUUCUCCAUACCUGCACUUAAAGUCUCCUGAUCCUCCUGGACCCCUAUGUAGGUGAGAAAGGCCUUCUCUUCCCCAUGUUGUGUGUAAUUUACACCCCCUCAGUAUUGUUGGCCACAGAUAACAGGCCUUUGUCCUACCUACCGAGCCACAGCAGUGUCUGUGACUCUGAGGCCAGCACUAUUCAUCACCCCCCUUUUUGUUUAGAGGUGAAAGCUACCUCAUACAUCUGGCAACAAUAAUGGUAUUGUGUAGCUCAAAACACUGUUUUGAAUAUAUGACACACUGGUGCAGCUACACCAUUUUAUUUAACUGGAUUAUUUGUCAUAAUUUAGAUACAAUGUGUGUACCAAGGUACUGUUUUAAGAGACUACUAUUGUGGCCCCUAGCCAUUUUAGUGCCAUUACUGCCAUAUAGUAUUUAGUUCAGUCUUAUGGGGCCCCCAUCUGAGGUGGGUCAUGACUACCAUCCUUUGUCUAUUGUAUCAGGCUUCAGUGUCACUAAGUAUUUUAUCACUAUGUGUUUAACAGCAACUAGCCCAGCAACUUGGCUAGGCAGAAUGCUUCAGGUCACUGUCUGAAGCACUCUGGAUACUUGUCUGGAUGAUGACUCCUGUCAUGAGGUGGUUGAGUUUGUCUCUCUGACCCAUUUCACUUCCUGGAUGAGACUCCAUUGGAGCAUUUCCAUUUUCCUUCCACUGUCUAGGCUUAUCACCUAUCAUAGUAGGGAUAUCUUUUUCAACUGACAUGGCCCACUGUUUAGUAUUGUACUCAUGAACAUGGUUUGUGGGUGGGAAAUGUAUUGAGAAACACUGCUCUUUAUGAGUGACCAUCAAGACGAAACUUUCCAUUGCAUUAGUGCACACUGCACAGCCAGGCACCUCCUAGGGUCUGACCUUUGUUGUUCACAUUCAGUUGGCGUGUGAGUCUGUAUAAUGGAGGGAUGGAGGGAGGGAUGAAUAAAGACAUGAAUGUCAACAGCAAGUCCUGUGAUGAGAGAGACCGUUGUAUGGCUGGCCCUGUUUGAAGUGUCAUGCUGGAGUAGGUAAAUAGGAGAGAGAGAGAUCAGUCGCUGGUAAUCACCGGUUUUCAUAAUGAGGACAUUCAAGGCAUUUGUAUUAGGCACAAUAGUUAGUAGGAGGAUGUGAAUGUAGAGUAUAUUUUGCUCAUCAUUCAUACAAUUCACCAAAUACCAUGAGAUACCAUUCAUUAUCGAAAUCAAAUCAACGUUUAUUUGUUGCGUACACAGAUGAGCAGAUGUUAAAGCAGGUGCAGCGAAAUGCUUAUGCGUCUAACAGUACAAUACUGAUACCCAAAAAUAUAUAUACCCAAAAAUAUAUUAAGAAAUAUCAGAACGAGCAAUAUCGAAACGAGCAAUGUCUAGUGAGUCAUCCUCCGGUUCACUUGCCUCUAUAGAGGCCUGUUGGCAUGUAUCUCUCAGAUUAUUGAGACAAAGACACAGAACAUGACAAGGCUUUUAGAUAGUACGGUAUAAUUGAAUUAUUUAUCUUUAAAUGGGGAUAUGGUUGUGAGAGUACUCUAACUCUGCGUAGUCAAGUCCCACAAACAAAAUAAAACACGUGUGGUGAAAUGGAUGGCACGUGGCUUAGUUUGAUGAGGCGUGUUAUGGUGAACUGUAUUGAACAUAGCUAGUAUUGAAUGAAGUCUUUCCCACACGUGUAGUUGAGCUACAUAGCUUCUUGGGCCAAGUUUGCGCUUGGUUCUGUUCCAUUGGUUCCAAUAGGGACUAAAUCAAGUGCAGAAUAAGUAUUGUACAGAUGCACCUGUACCCAUAAACUUCCUAGCAUGAGGGUAUAGAGGAUCAUACAAAGUAUUGACAUGUUGCUUACUUCAUAUGAGUAAUGGAGAUAUUGCUGAGUAUUAAAAAUAGUCUUGCAAAUUGUAUCACUGCAGAAUGUAAAUGUGAGGAAUUCCAGUCACUAUAUAUGUAAUAAUGGUACUUAUUCAUGUAGUAUUACAUUAUUUGAAAAUAGAUUAUAAUUGUAGGGCACAGGUGAAGUAAACCUGCUCUUUAAGUAACCAUCCAUGGUUCUCUCUUUUCUCUUAUAGUCUCGAAGUGUGGACAAGCAGCAUGCUGUCAUCAACUACAACCCUGCUACAGAUGAGCACCUGGUCAAAGACCUGGGCAGCCUCAAUGGAGUGAGUACCCACGGGAGGGAGGGGCAGGGAAAAGUUUAAAUAGAAAGUUAAACUUCCUUUGGUACAAGGACUCCCCUCUCUUACUAUACACAAAGACAGAAUUAGAUCAAAAAGGCGCUAGAUAUUUCAGUAUUCUAUUAAGUAGUUCGAAGCCUGGCAUAGUAGAUAACCAGCUUAAGCAAGCGCUUAAUGGCACUUAUCUAUUUUACAUAUGUAAGUUAAUGCUAGCUAAAAGAAGCAGGGAAUUAGUGUAUUAUGAAUGGUUAAGCUCUGUCCUAUGAAGAGAUUUUCUGUUUUUCUAUCUGCUGAAAUGUAGGCUACUGUGCAGUGACAAUGUAAAUGCUGUGUCUUUACUUGUUAUGAUUACAUACAUACAACAUGACAACUGCGGUCUAAAAGUGCUGCUGACGCCAUUUUACUGAAUAGUCAAGCAAAUAUUUUCCUUUUAAAUGGGAAAGCCUCCAGAUAGUGCGUGAAAUGGGACAUCUUUGGUUCGGAGCGGGAGGCUAGCUGUUAAAUAUUUCAGAGUGCCGUUUGUUUUGCUGCCGGUGCAGACUUCCCUCCGUAGUAGGCGGGCAACAUGGAAACAUUCCAAGUAGCUUUCACUGGACUGGAUCAAUCAUGUCAAACUAGCCCUGCGCUACCGUUAGGCUAAGGGCCUGUAUUUAAUUGUCUGUAACUACCUGGGGCGGCAGGUAGCCUAGUGGUUAAGAGUGUUGGGCCCGUAACCGAAAGGUUGCUGGUUUGAAUACCUAAGCCAACAACGUGAAAAAUCUGUUGAUGUGCCCUUGAGCAAGGCACUUACCCUGAAUUUGCUCCAGGGGUGCUGUACCACUAUGACUGACUCUGUAAAACAACUUAUUUCACUGCACCUAUCCGGUAUAUGACAAUACAAAAUAUGUAUACUUUUUUAGUUAAGGGCCUGUAACUUGUGCAUCGUUACAUCUCCAGUUGUUUUCUCUUUCUAUGUGGUACAGUGGGCUUUGCCACUAGGUUUCCCUGGCCUUAACCAUACAGUUACUCUUCUGUACUGGACUGAAAUACCACUGACAUUCUUUCUCUUGUGUUGAGUGUUGAAGGUGGAUGACUGGUGCACAGUGUCUAUCCCAGUACCUCAUGGAGACUGUUACUUGUCUUCAUUCAAUAUCUCCAGUUUACAGUAACCAACUAUGUUGUGUUCCCCUCUAGACCUUUGUGAAUGACCUGAGGAUCCCAGACCAGACCUACAUCACCCUCAAACUGUCUGAUGUCAUUCGCUUCGGAUAUGAUAUCCUUUUUCUCACUCAUGUCAUACAUGCAUAAUUCUUGUGUCAUGUAUGCAUAAUAACCUAUAUAAAUAUGUGAUGUGAUUGGCUAUUGCCUUAACCUAGUAUUUACAUUCCCAUGUGUACAUCCUAGAAAGGAGCCAACACAAAGUCCCAGAGGAGGCACUCAAGGUCAGCUUUCUAUGCUAAUGCUAACAUCAACUAUAUUAAACACUAAACCCUAAUCUGGACUAGCUUUUCAGACAGUUCUAGUCUACCAUCAAUUCACUUUACUGGAUCUCUCUUUGGCAACUUGAGUGUGUUCUUUUUGUGAGUUGUGUUGUGCCUCCUGCUGUUUCAGCAUGAGAAAUACACCAGCCAGCUGCAGAUGGGUCUGAAGGCCUCGGAGGGGAAGAGGGCUGAGCACCUGGAUGACAAGUCCAAGCUAGAGAAGACAGACAGGAAAUCUCUGUCUCAAGGUAAGUGUUAGCGAAGGCUUCAAACCUGUUUAAUUGCUAUUCCACCAUAUAUUCCCCCAGUAUAUUCUUUCUCUGAACAAAGCUCAUCGCCUGUUGGGGUAGGGUGGGGGGUCUAGAUACAUGUAGUAAUCAUAUUGAUAGACCUGUUUGGAUAGCUAAAUGCUUUGAUUUAAGCUUUGAGCUCAUAACAACUCUGGGAAUUGGGACAUCAUGGUACGUUAAACAUGACAUCGCUUGCUUUCUCUUCAUUUAUGUCACUGCUUAAUGACACAACUGUUUUAACUUGGCAGAAUAUCCUAGAUUGAAUAGGUUUGAUCAUUCUGAUUAUAAAUUGUCACUAAUACCUGGAAUGGUAUGGUGUGUGAGGAUGAGGAGUAUUUUAGCUUUGCUCUGUUCCUCUAAAGAAAAGGAAAACGUCCCUGUCCUUCGACUAUGAUGUUAGCAUCAGCUCAACCUCUUUCAGUCAGAACAUGUUCCCCCUCCCCCUCUUUGUCAUCCCUCACUCUCCCUCCAUCCCUCUCUCUGCCACCCUCUCCGGCGGCUGCAUUUGGUCACAUCCCGUCUCCAUGGUGACGGCUGCAGCACCCAUAGUCACAGUUCAGCUCAGCUCAGCACCGAUGGCCUGCUUGAUUUUUGCUCUAUGUUAUUCACACUGCCAUACCCCUGUCAAGCUCUCUGCCAGAGGGUUCAUAUAAUCCAAGAAGCCAUAAACGGGUCAUGAUCAACUAUCUAUCAACUAACAGAUGCUGAUUCAACAGCUAUAUCGGAAUAGGCUGCGUUGUGCCCUCUCCGGCUAAUGUGUUGUACCUGAAAAACCUUUUGUGUGCCCUGCGAGGCUGUGAUGACAAAUAUAAGUCAGUGGAAUACAGCUGAAUCCACACUCAAAUCAACACAGUUAAUCUCCUCAUUUACUGUAGCCUCUGUGCUCAAAUAAAACUCUGAAUGAACACUGCCUAAAGGACUUCCACUGGAUGUGUUGGACACACUGGAUGAAAUACUGUGUCAUAAAUAACAUGCCUUAUGUGUGUCUGAUGUUAGCACUUGUCUUGAUUAGCAUCAAGAGGUAUGAAAAGAAACCCUGAGUGGAAACAUGGGUUGAAUGAUGUAAUAGGGUAUGUGAAAUAAAUGUCAUCUGAUACUGAAGAAGAAAAACUGAUCCAUAGGGUUUGAUAUCUAACAUACUUUAUCUUCAUUUGGGGUUGCUGCCAGUGCCCCCAUAGUAUCUACCUUAGAGAUGGAUUUGAUGUAUUCUAGUGGGGUAGCGACAAACCUUGAAUAUUCUUCCUCUAAACUCCCAGUGGACCAAUAGUAGUAGAUGGAUGACUGCUGCAGUUCAGAAAGAUUACUCCUCUCUCAUUUGGCUGUGUGUGCGUGCGUGUGUGUUUGUGUGUUUCCGUGCAUGUUCACAGAGGCUCCAACCUCCCGACCCACCCCAUUGUAUGGCCAGCCCUCGUGGUGGGGGGAGGAGGAUGCGGCCAGCAAAGGACAGCACAGUGAGGGAAAUAGGCCAGAGGAGGGUCACCCAGGUCGGUCCCACGUUACUAGUGGUCCUUUCUCUCAAAUACUCUGAAUACUCUGAAACUUUGGAAAAUGUUUGCAGUUCCUUUUUAGAGAAUAGAGAUGAACAAAAAAUGGUUUGUGGUUGUCCUUUAAUUUGCUUGUUGGUGCUUAAUUGGUGCUUUGACAUCUAUCCAUUUGCAGAGAUUCCAAAGGAAGGUUCAGCCUUAGAUCCAGAGGUGAAUGGCUCCCUGUUAGAGUACAGAGACAAUCAGGGAAAGUCCAUCUUCCCCUACCACCGGGAGCCUAGCUACUUUGAGAUCCCUACCAAGGAGUUCCAGCUGCAUCCCAAGUCCCUGGGGGCAGAGCUCCAUGAGAUCCCCACCAAGGACACAGAUACGCCCUCUGCCCAAGCCACUCCCACCCCCACCACACCCAGUCCCCCUGUGGUGCAGAGCCACGCCUCCUUCACCAUAGAGUUUGAUGACUGCACGCCAGGCAAGAUCAAGAUCAAGGACCACGUGACCAAGUUCUCCUCGCGCCAGAGGAAGCAGCAGCAGCAGGCGUCCGGGAAAACUCUGGCCACCACACCCACUGAGGUGAUGUCAGCCGAGUGCAAGGUGGUAGAUUGGUUGGUGCACAGCGAUGUCAGAAUGAUGAGGAGACGUCCCACGUGUGAGGAUGUUUACAGUGUCAAGAGUGACCAGGCCGUCAACAUCAAGAGCCUCAAAGGUCAGUGUGGUACUUUUAGAGAAAUAUUUUAUAGAAAUCAGUAAGGUCUGUAAGGCGUUGUUUAUGUGUUUCCUGUCCCUCAUUUGCGGUUUGAAUGUAUCUGUUUCUAGGGCACCACCAUGACGAUGGGACCCAGAGUGAUUCUGAGGACCCGGUCUUAGGGAAAGGGAAGCGAAGCAAGUCACACCACCGGGUCCAGUCGCAACAUUCGAUCCAGUCAAAACUUUCCCUGUCCGAGCUGUCAGAACCAUCACAACAGACAGUGCUGUCAUACCAAUUAGUCAAGUCACAACAGACACAGCAGACAGUCCAGUCGCACCAAUUGAUCCAGUCAGAGCACUCAGUUAUGUCAGUCCAGUCACACCAGACAGUCACAUCAGUUCCGUCGCAGCAAUCAGUUCCGUCACAAAGGUUACUCCAGCCUCAGUCUCAGUUUUCUCCGCCCAAACUGACCCCAGUUUCUCCUGUGGCCCCUGAGAGGCCCCUGUCUCAAAGCCCGCCUGAGGCUCGCUCCCCCACCAUGGGCCCCUCUAAGCCCGGCCCCCAGGAGCCCCUCACCCAGCAAGCCUUCAUCAUAGAGUUUUUCGACGACAACCCGCGCAAGAAACGCUCGCAGUCCUUCACAGCCAAUCCUGCCCACGCAGACUCUUACUCCGCCCUCAAGGCCAAGCUGGAGCGGAGGAAGGGGGGGGAGAGGCCAAACUCCAUGCACGGCCACAUCCCUCCCACCCAGCAGGUGACUGUUCCUCUGAAGGGCCAGGGCCACGGUGGGUCCCAGAGGUCUAGCGCCCUGAAGAGGGAGAAGACAGAGGAGCCCCUGAGUGGAGGCAGUGCCUCCUCUUCCUCCGGUUCUGGGCCUUCCUCUCGCGCCUCAUCUGGCAUCACCAUCAAGCCCUUUGGCAGUGUGGGGAAGAAGUCCAAGAUGGCCCAGGAGUUUGCAGCAGAGUUCCUGAUGAAGGAUGCAGGCCACAGAGCCUUGUCUCCCACCAGGGAUAAGACGUCUCCUCCUCCCAUGUCCGCUCCCCCGGUGAUGUUGAUGUCACCCUCACGCACCUGCAUUCCGUCCCCCUUAGACCCCCCUUCCUCUGUCUCCUAUCCCUCCUCCCCCUUGCAACCCACUGCACCACGUUCCUACUCUCCAACUCCUGCCCCUCAUUCCCCAGUCCUAGCCCUCUCCCACCCCCCCUCCCGCAGCCCUGUCCAGACUGCCUCCCCAGUCCACUCACCCAUCCACUCCAUGCCCCCUCUGAUGCCCCUGGGUCUGGGGGUGCGUGGGGUGGACCCUAAAGCCUCCAGGGUGGUGAGGAACGAGGAAGAGGACAGUCUGAGUGAUGCCGGCACCUACACCAUCGAGUCCCAGGACAAAGAGGUGGAGGAGGCACGCAACAUGAUCGACCAGGUGAGAUUGUAGUAGUCAGUGGUUACUCGUUCUUCAUUUUUAAAGUCUCUGCCACCAACCAUUUCUUUUUGGGGGUGAUGGUGGACCUUUUCACAUGCGUGUAAUUAUUUUACGGUAGCUUUUCAACUGUUUGGAUUCUGACGUUAAAUGCUACGAUUCUAACAAGUGGUAUAAUUCUAUAAUAAACCAUAUAAUGCCUUGAUGACAAUACCUUGAGCGACGCAUGCUUUGAACUUCCUCCCCCUAACAAGUACCCCCUCCCAAUCCCGCCUUCCUUCUUCCCCUUACAAAGUCCCAUUGUCCAAUCUCUUCUCCUACCUACUUCAUGCAUGCUCUGUCCCUCCCUGACAGGUGUUUGGUGUCCUCGACUCACCAGAGUACAGUGGUGCCGGAGUGUAUAGACCCAUCAUUAAUGAUGGCAAGGACGAGCUGGCAAUGCUCCGGCCUAGUGAUGGUAGCACUGUGGAUCAAAUGGCAGCAGUGUCUUUGCAUGGCUUUAACCCAGCCACCCUCAGUGGGGCCCCAUCAGGCCCCAUCCAGGUAACGUCACCGUCCUACGCUACUGGAGAAAUAAGGGAUCUAAUAUGUUUGCAUGUUCCACCCCAAACCUAUGCAUGUUUAUCAUUUGUUUUUCCUUGAUACUCCCUUUGGCUUCUACAGUGCUCUUUACAAUGUAAGGAUUGUCCUUGGAAGGAGAUUUUAAUGAUAGUUAUCCUUCAACGUUGUGCUCUGUAGAGCUGUAUGCAACCCCUUAUAGUUUCCUCCACUGUUUCAGGUGCAGUCUGCUAACAAUGCAGCACAGGAGGAGGGGCCUAAGUGGGUUUCUCGCUGGGCCAGUCUGGCAGACAGCUAUGCAGAACCGGGCUCUACUCCACCUCAAGGGGAAUUUGCAGAGGGAGGUGAGAUAUCUGCACCCACUGACCGCUCUGCUCAGAACUUAUGUGAGAAAACAGCAAAAAGCCUGAAUUAAAAUGAUGUUUCUCUGUCCUAGAUUUGGGAUUUAUGAGUCGGUUGAUACCUAGCCACAGAGUGGAUAACUCUGAGUUAGAGGGGAGCCAGAGUUGUAGGACCAGGAGGCUGCUUCCCCAGGUUCCCCCUGGAGACAGAGACAAGCCAGAGAGCCCCACCCCCAGCAUCCUGAUCCGCCACGAACCCCCCUACCCAGGCCCCGAACCCCCCCUGGAGAGGAGUAGUGGUACGCCCCGGUAUCAGGACAACACCCAGAGUCUGUGUGUCCAGGACGAUGUAGACCCAGACAGCCUGAGUGACGCCAGCCGCUCUGACGAUGGCUCUGUGCUGGAGAGGACCAGGAAGAGCCAGGGGAGGAAGAGUGGCGCUACCUCGCCCGGGGACACUGGACCUCAGUAUAAGGGUCGAGAUAAGCUGUCUCCGACUCAGUCUACCAAGUCCACCUCCUUUUACAUUGGGUCUGAGGACGGCAGCUCAGGCAAGCCGGACCUGGCCCGAAGCCCUAUUUUGUCUCAGGGGACUGAGAGGGGGCGAGACACCACUGCCAAAACCUCCCCCACCACUGUCCUCAUCAGGCACCUGAGCAGCCACGAGCCCCGGAGGUCGGGCGUAAAGCCCAACAACUCAGCCCCCAACCUCCACUCCCAGCAGGAUAAAGACUCUAAAGACCAGAGUAAAGACACCCUGGGGACCUCCUCGUUCGUCAGGCAGGAGAGUUUCACCAAGGAGCGACCCAGUGAUGAUGUCCAGAUCAAGAGGCUCCCCCACAUCUCCAGUCACCCCACCCUAAGCGACAUGGAGCAGAGGAGAGAGACAGCCCAGGACCCACAGCCCUUCCUCAGGGAAGAAGCAGAUGGCGUUCUCUCCUCUCUGGAGGUCACAUUCCCCUCCUCAGGCUCCAGACACAGCUCUAAGAGAGGAGGCUCCUCCAGUCACAUGGACGACUCUCUGUCUGGGGAAUCAGAUGUGGAUACAGCCAGCACCGUCAGCCUGGUCAGCAACAAGAACACCCCUGUCACCACAGGCCCUAAGAAGAGGAUGGCCGUCAGUGGCCUCCAGAAGGAGAGAUCCUCCUCCAGUCCAUCUGUCCAGGGGAAGGGCCACCGCCAGCCCACGGCCCGUGAGCGCCUGUCAGAGAAACGCCGCAACCACGCGGCUGCCAGUGAUAACUCCAGCAGCAAGGCCGAGCAGGCCAAGCACUUCCAGAUGCGGCCGCAGCACGGGGAACCGCGGCUCCCUGGACCUAUCAGAGGGCCAGCAGGGUUCUGGCCAGCACUGGCCUGACACUGCCUCUGACCAUGACACUGGCCCCCGCCCCACCAGCCGUAGCAAGAAGCUCAUAGCUCCCCUACAGAAAGAGGACAAUGGGAAGACCCCCAAGAGUGCAGCACAGCAGGCACUGAUCCGCUCCAACAGCCUGUCAGCACCACGGCCCACCCGGGCAUCCAUGCUGCGCAGGGCACGUCUGGGAGAGACCUCUGACAACGAGGGAACUGAGACUGACCGGGGAUCCCAGAACUCAGACCACAUCGGUGCCCCCAGCAAGGUGUCUGCUGAUGGGAAGAAGCUCCUCUCCAGACUGGACAUCUUGGCCAUGCCCAGGAAGCGAACAGGCUCCUUCACUACGCCUAGUGACAACGAGUCCUCCACCACGACCCCUACAACCCGGCAUGGCUUCUCCAAUGGGAGUGCAGAAUCAACUGCGCCGAUCAGGAAGACAUCAGUGGGUGAAGCAGGGGCCAAGCAGGGGGCCACAAGAGGGGCCGGAGCCCCCGUGAAGCAGCUCCUCACCCGCACACGCUCCAGCGGGGCUAAAUACUCCAGCACACCAGUGAGUAUUAUUGUCAAAAUUACCAUCAAGUAACUUCUCAAAUAUGCAUAGGAAUGCCAUUUUCUUGCUCAAAGCACUGCAGAGAACACAACAUGAUUUUUUAUCCUGAACCAUAAAUCAUGAUUUAAAGGUCAUUUACUGUAUCAUCAGAUUAUUGAAACAGGGCCUGACACUGAGUUGAAGUUACCUUUUCCACCCUUCAUAGUGAAUGUGUCCUUGGUGAGAUGCAUGCAGGUAGGCUGUAUUGUGGCUUGUCUUGUAGGAGAUCAGUGUAGUCGCUACGAAGCAGUGUGAUGAUGCCCUCUGCUGCCUGCUGCCGUUUCCAUAGAAAUACAGCUCCUGGCCAAACAUCAUUACACAUCCAUUUUUUCAUUUCUCCGAAAUUUGAUGUGCAUGUAAAUUAUUGUUAAACAGAUUUGGACCCAUAUUAUGCAUACAGUGCAUUCGGAAAGUAUUCAGACCCCUUGACUUUUUCCACAUUUUGUUACAUUACAGCCUUAUUCUAAAAUUGAUUAAAUGAAUUUUUUUCCUCAUCAAAUCUACACACAAUACCCCAUAAUGACAAAGCGAAAACAGGUUUUUAGAAAUGUUUGCACAUUUAUUAAAAAUUGAAAACAGAAAUACCUUAUUUACAUAAGUAUACAGACCCUUUGCUAUGACACUUGAAAUUGAGCUCUGGUGCAUCCUGUUUCCAUUGAUCAUCCUUGAGAUGUUUCUACAACUUGAUUGGAGUCCACCUGUGGUAAAUUCAGUUGAUUGGACAUGAUUUGGAAAUGCACACACCUGUCUAUAUAAGGUCCCACAGUUGACAGUGCAUGUCAGAAACCAAGCCAUGAGGUCGAAGGAAUUGUUUGUAGAGCUCCGAGACAGGAUUGUGUCGAGGCACAGAUCUGGGGAAGGGUACCAAAACAUUUCUGCAGCAUUAAAGGUCCCCAAGAACACAGUGGCCUCCAUCAUUCUUAAAUGGAAGAAGUUUGGAACCACCAAGACUCUUCCUAGAGCUGGCCGCCCGGCCAAAAUUAGCAUUCGGGGGAUAAGGGCCUUGGUCAGGGUGGUGACCAAUAACCCGAUGGUCACUCUGACAGAGCUCCAGAGUUCCUCUGUGGAGAUGGGAGAACCUUCCAGAAGGACAACCAUCUCUGCAGCACUCUACCAAUCAGGCCCUUAUGGUAUAGUGGCCAGACGGAAGCCACUCCUCAGUGAAAGGCACAUGACAGCCCGCUUGGAGUUUGUCAAAAAGCACCUAAAGGACUCUCAGACCAUGAGAAACAAGAUUCUCUGGUCUGAUGAAAACAAAAUUGAACUCUUUGGCCUGAAUGCCAAGCGUCAUGCUGGGGGAUGUUUUUCAGUGGCAGGGACUGGGAGACUAGUCAGGAUUGAGGGAAAGAUGAACGGAGCAAAGUACAGAGAGAUCCUUGAUGAAAACCUACUCCAGAGCGCUCAGGACCUCAGACUGGGGUGAAGGUUCACCUUCCAAGAGGACAACGACGCCAAGUGAACACAGGAGUGGCUUCAGGACAAGUCUCUGAAUGUCCUUGAGUGGCCCAGCCAGAGCCCGGACUUGAACCCAAUUGAACAUCUCUGGAGAGACCUGAAAAUAGCUGUGCAGCGACGCUCCCCAUCCAACCUGACAGAGCUUGAGAGGAUCUGCAGAGAAGAAUGGGAGAAACUCCCCAAAUACAGGUGUGCCAAGCUUGUAGCGUCUCUAGAAGACUCGAGGCUGUAAUCACUGCCAAAGGUGCUUCAACAAAGUACUGAGUAAAGGGUUAAAAAAAAAAAAGCUUGUCAUUAUGGGGUAUUGUGUGUAGAUUGAUGAGGAAAAAAACUAAUUUAAUCAAUUUUAGGAUAGGGCUGUAACGUAACAAAAUGUGGAAAAGGUCAAGGGGUCUGAAUACUUUUCGAAUGCACUGUAGAUGUGUAUUACGUACUUAUGUAUCAGUAUCAAUAUUGUGGAGUAAUAUUUGCAAUCCCAAGGGUCUGGCAAUGAAUAAUGUUGUUAAUAUUAAUGUGAAUGACUAGUCUACUGUUCCUAUCUUCCUAUUUGAGGAUUGAUUUAGAGUGUACUAUGUUUUUAGGAUUAUUUCUGGGAGGAAUAAUCCUGUAAUUUAAUGAAAUUGGUCAAAUGAACCAUGCUGUUUUCUGGUAGGUUCCUGUCGAAGGCAGAAAGGUUCAGACGACACCUCCACAUCUGAGGAGGAAUAUGAGGCCAGCUCUGGAACCCCCAAACACAAACGCUCCUCCCACACGUCUGCUGCCACACAGACCCCCCGGGCCCAGAAGGAGAAGGCUGCAGUAGCAGCAGUCGCCCGGUCCAAGUCCGGCUCACUGGAGACUGAGGAGGACGAGGUCCAGAAUGAGACUGACCACUACCAGAACUGGACCACACACAGCGCCGAGAUAGCAAAGUAGGGUGACAUAAUGGCACUAACUAUGGCUUGACUGUGUAUCACCUGAAACCACUUACUGAGUCUCAUGAUUGGCAGCUGUGGAACAUGCAUUCUGUACGUAUGUAUUUUCUAUAUGGUCGUGACUUGUGUUUGUGUCUUGCCAGGCUCAGUCAGGACUUGGCCAAGGACCUUGCCAUCCUGGCCCGUGAGAUCCAUGACGUGGCGGGGGACGGGGACUCCCAGAGUUCCUCUGGAAUGGGCACAAACCCCUCCCCCAGCUCUGCAACCAACACGCCCGGGCCCGCCUCCACCAUCCCUAUCUCUAGCCGGGAAGAGGUGCGCCCGCCCACUACCCAUAAUACAAUUCAAACAUGCCCCCUGGCCUGUACCUCACAUUAUUUCCAUCCUGUUGUAAUGUUCCAAUGCAUAAUACAACGGCACUGCAGCCUAUGAGAUUUUGUUUUACCAAUGUGCCACUAAAUAUUUUACAUGAAUAUUCUGUACAGGCUCAGUGAAAAGUGCCUUAUCAUGUCUUAGAUUCUCAUGAGCAUGUCUCUGUUCUCUACUGUACAGAGGCCAUAUACAUCUUUGCGAGGGGUCCUCCCAUCUCAGGUGCAUACCUCAGAUACAUCAGACUCUCUCUCUCUCUCUCUCUCUCUCUCUCUCUCUCUCUCUCUCUCUCCUGCAACGGUUUCUAUUUCUUUCUCUUCACCUCCCUGCUCCCACACUCUUCAUGCUAUCAUCACUAAUCCAAACACUGGUAUUUUGUUGGAUUGUUAUGCUACAGAUUCUUACAUUUUAUGACACUGGGAUGUUCUAUGUGUUUUUAAUGACUGUUUGUAGUGACAGCUUUUCAGGACCAUAAAUACCUGCCUGCCACUGGCUCACUACAGACUUUCACUGCAACUCUCACUGUAACAGGCACAUUUUCACGUUCCACUAACGUCAUUUUGUUCCUGCUUGUAUCCCAGCAAAACAAAAAUGCACUGCUCACAGUUCAACUGCUCUCACCCCCGCAUGUUGCCUUCGAGCAUGUGAUCACAAAGCACUAGUCACACUGGUUGAUUUUUCUCUAGGACAGUAUAACAAAGAUAUUCUCACUUCUUAUUCUCACUGUGCCCUUGAAGUACAGUAGAAGGCCUUGAGGCACUGACUCCCUCAGUAGUCAUGGUCAUGUCGGUUGUUCAGAACGUGCGGACCAUGCUCUGAUUCUAUUCUCUUUCCAGCUGGUCCAACAUAUCCCUGAAGCCAGCUUAAACUACCAGAAGGUUCUACUAUCGCCAGGUUCUUCUGCUGUCAUGGACCUGGAUCCUAACAUGAAUGACCAAGACCCAAGCUCUAAGCCACGGUGGAACCGUGAAGAGGUCACUUUCCUGUCAACACUUGUUUCUCCUCUAUUUUAGAAUAGUACUUUCACUACCUAUCAAUGAUUUGGAAACCUAGGAAUAUCACAACUAUAACAAAGCUGGCUCAUGCAUAAACAAACGGGCACUCAGGCUACACAAAAGGAGCUAUUGCAGUUAGUUUUGGUCUGCUGGGAAUUAGACUAAAGUAUAUUUAUGCAGGUGAAACUACUUUAGGAAUACUUUGGGGGGAGGGUUUGACGUACGCCAUUUUCUCCUUCCAGGUGAUUUUGGACAAUCUGAUGUUGAACCCUGUUUCUCAGCUCUCUCAGGCCAUUCGGGAGAACACAGAACAGCUGGCUGAGAAAAUGAAGUAAGGGAACUUGAUGUACCUCCGCUCUUACCUUGUGUUUCUGUUAAAUAGAAAAGAGCUAAUAAAUUAUUUCCUCUCUGCUUGGCUCAGUUAGAUUAUACUAUGUAUUUUUUCUGUCAGGGUUUUAUUCCACAACAAGACUGCGGCCUGGGAGGAGAUUGAAGCGAAGAUCAAUGCUGAAAACGAAGUCCCCAUCCUCAAAACAUCAAAUAAGGUACAACAUUGGUAGCCAGCCAUACAUCUUACAUUGGUAGCCAUUUUGGUGUAAAACUGAGGUCAUCAUAUAUGGGAAAAUGUGUAAUCGUCAUCAUUUUAAUUCUACUCUCACAGGAAAUCUCCUCCAUCCUGAACGAGCUGAGAAGAGUACAGAAACAACUAGAAAGUAAGAGUUACAUAUGGCUAAUUUUUUCCUAAAAUGUAUUGGGAGUGAAAUGUUGAAUUGCUUUUCCUGAACGGCCUCAUAUCUGCAUAACAUAUUCAGAACAUCUAAAUAAAGCUGAAAGCACAUGAUCCAGCCAAUGGAAUUGAAUAGAACAGUGAAUGUUCCUUUGGUUCUAUAGUGAUCAACAGCAUUGUGGAACCCGGUGGAGCUGGCAGUGGGAAACCUAAGGUGACAGCGGUGGCUGCUGCGACUUCAGCAGGACAGGCCAUCAGGUCCCCCUUGCGGCAGAAGAAAGCCCCCAGUAAGCCCACUGGGCCUGGGGACAGACAGCAUGGUGCCAGCCCCUCUACCAGCCCCACCACCUCCAAACCCAACACCAACGCCAACGAAAGCACCAAGAGGUCCACUCGAGGCCACAAAGGGGCAAACUUUAUGGCCUGA